GGGGAGGGAAAGCAUCUCUGUCCUUGCUCCCUGCCGCCAUUGCCAUGUGCAGCAAGCACAAGAAGGAGACUUUCAGAUGCCGCCAACCCCAUCCUUGCUUCAUGGGCGCUGGCGGCAGGUUGCAAGCUGAGGCUGAGAUAGAAAUUGAUCUUGUAAAUGAGGGAUCAGCUAGGCAAGGGCUGGGAUUGCUGUUGUUGCAGGGUCCCCGGAAAUGGACGGAGUCACAGGUGUGCUGUGAGUGCUCAGGGCAGUGGCGUGCUCCAGGCUGCUGGGCAGGUGCAUUGCAGAGGCUCCCACCACCAGGUUUCAAUCCAGUUGCUGAAGUGCAUCCAGGGCACAGAUGGAUCAGGCCAGGGCAGCCAUCUCCAACUUGUUUGGAGGCGAGCCACUGUCAUACACGCGGCUCAGCAUUGCUCGGCAGACCGACGGAGACAACAGUCAAGUGGAAAUGAAGCUGUCUGCUGAGGAGGAGGAAGGAGGUGAAAACGGCAUGCCGGAGAACAUGCAGACCCACCAUGUAGCAAAACCCAGAACUUACUACAGCUGGUACUGCAUCGCCAUGAUGGUGGUGGUCCUCUUCCUGAGCGGGUUUCUCGUCGGCUACUUGAGUAGCCGUGGGCGCAUGCCGACAAGUGGACUUUGUGCGGAUGGCAAUGGGCAGUGCACCAGCUCUCCUCCCACUCCCUCCAGCAUACUGGAUCUGGAUGAGACGGUGGAAGAAGAGCCUCUCACGGAGCCUAUCCUGUACUGGGAAGAUCUCCAGAAGAUGCUGUCAGACAGUCUGAAAAAAGGAAACAUGGAGCUACACAUAAGGGAACUGUCAACGGGCUCCUCCCAUGAAGCUGGCUCCCCGGAAGAUGACAGACUUGCUUACUACGUCUAUCAGCAGUUUACCUACUUCAACUUGUACAAAGUCUGGAAUGAUGAGCACUAUGUCAGACUGCAGUUUCCAGGCAGCUCACCCAAUCGUGUCAGCAUUACAGAUGAUGGUGGACAGAGCACUACUCUGGAAGAGCCUGAGGCAUAUGUGGCAUUCAGUGAAAAUGCAACGGCUAAAGGCAGACCGGUUUAUGCUCAUUAUGGCCGCAAAGAGGACUUCAAGCAGCUCAGUGACUUGGGGGUCUCUGUCAAUGGAUCCGUGCUCAUUUUCAGAACUGGAGAUAUUUCUGUUGCGGAGCAGGUGGCUAGUGCCGAACGCUUGAAUGCUGUUGGUGUCUUGAUCUUCCCUGGCUAUCUGAAAUCCAGCAACGUAGAAAAUCUGGGUCUCUUUGGACACGCUCACCUAGGAACAGGUGACCCGUUCACUCCCGGUUUCCCAUCUUUCAACCAUACUCAGUUCCCGCCAGCUCAGUCUUCUGGGCUGCCACACAUUCCUGUUCAAACCAUCUCGUUCAGGGCAGCCAACAAUCUCUUCAGCCAGCUGACAGGAGGGCAGGAGUGCCCCCUGCCUUGGAGGGACGGCCUUAGUUUUUGCAAGGUGAAGGCCUCGAGCGCAAGCAGCUUGAAUGUGGUGGUCCAGGUGAACAAUGUGGUUAUGGAGAGAAAGAUCCUGAACAUCUUUGGAGUCAUCCGGGGUUUCGACGAAGAAGAUCGGUACAUCGUGAUCGGAGCGCAGCGGGAUUCCUGGGGCCCUGGGGCAGCGAAGGCCGGUGUGGGCACCUCCAUCCUGCUGGAGCUUGCUCGUGCCAUUUCGGACAUGGUGAAAACAGGUGGCUACAAACCCAGAAGAAGCAUCGUCUUUGCCAGCUGGAGCGCUGGCGAUUUUGGAGCUGUGGGUGCUACCGAAUGGCUGGAGGGUUAUUCUUCCGUCCUGCAUGCCAAGGUCUUCACUUACAUCAACCUGGAUGCUGCAGUUCUAGGUGCCAGUGACUUAAAGGCGUCUGCCAGCCCGAUGCUUUACACCAUCCUUGAGAGAAUCUUGCGGGGGAUGAAGGAUGCAGAUGGAAGGAGCCUGUUCAGCAAACUCAGCCCUGGCUGGCCCAAUAAUGCUGUUCCCCUCACCAUGGAGAAUGCGGCAUUCCCCUUCCUGGCAUAUUCUGGGAUCCCAGCACUGUCAUUCAGUUUCUAUAAUAAGCAGCAGAAGUACCCCUUCAUGGGCACCAAAAAGGACACUUUUGCGAAUCUCCGCAGUGCUGUUCCAAACCUGAAUGUCCUGAUGCGUCAGGCCGCGGAGCUGGCCGGCCAGAUCGCCGUGAGGCUAACCCACGAGCACGAACUGCUCUUGGACUAUGGGAGAUACAAGCAGGAGCUGCAGAUGUUCCAGAACAAGAUUGUGGACUACAACAAAGACAUUAGGAAAAUGGGCCUGACCUUGCAGUGGGUGUUUUCAGCCCGCGGGGACUUCGAGAGAGCUGUGGAUUCCCUGAAGAGAGACUUGAGAAACAGUGACUUAAGCGACAGACUCAUUUGCCGAGCCAGCAACGACCGGAUCAUGAAGGUGGAGUACGACUUCCUGUCCCCCUUCAUCUCUCCGAGGGACAAGCCGCUGCGGCACAUUUUCUUUGGCUCUGGCCCCUACACCCUGCAGGCCCUACUGGACCACCUGAGCCUCCUGAAGACCAACAGAAGUGCCUUUGACCAAGACCUGUUCAGGAACCAGCUGGCCAUGGCAACCUGGACGAUUAAGGAGGCUGCCAAUGCCUUGUCCGGUGAUGUUUGGGACACGGACAAUGAGUUCUGAAUGCAUGGUGCUGAGGUGCAGAAACCAGGAAGCCCCCUCCCUUGAAGCAGCACUGAAAUACCUACCCUAAAUCUCGGAGGGAGUGAUGGGGGGAACGCUAAAUUUGACCCAAGUUGCCCUUCCAAUUUCGGUCUCAUCCUGACAAAUCCCCAAGAGGCAGCGCUCAAGUGGCAAUUAGCGCAUCCUCCAUCCAAUUUGGUCUCCUUCCCUUGAACAAACACGGCUCCCCCCUGGUUCUAGCCCACUUAAACAUGCCGCUCGGUGCUGCCUCCCCUCGUGCUUGAGGACAGAUGGCUCCAGCUGCUAGUCGAGCACGGCUUACACUGAAUUCCCAUCUGAAACAAAGCAGGUGCCUCUUCAGGGGAUAUACCUGGGUCUGCCUGAGUGUUUUGAAUCUUGGCCUCAACCUUGGAGAAACGGGCAGUGUGUGUCAUAAUUUGAGGUAUCCUGAGCACUUCCAGGUCCCCUGCUCCUAGGAGCGGGGGGCCUGGAGGGGAAACGAAAUGAUUUGGCUCCAUUGCAGGCUCACACCGCAGUAGCCCUUGACUGUGGCUGUCGGCAGGCUCUGAAGUGCCCGGCCAUCCCAACCCUCUGGGUGACUGGGCAGAAACAUCUUGGCUUCUCCCAAGAAGAAGAUUCAAGACCAUGUUCCUCUUCCCAGAGCUCUGGGUCCCAAGGGGGAGAUGAGCCAAAGAUUUAUCUUAUGUCCCUUACAUGUUCCCUCUUGGUCUUCUGAAUAAAAAUAAAGGGUCCCCUAGUAACCAGAGCUUGGGAUGGCUACAAGGGGCACUUCAGACCCUGUUGCUUUGGAGGCCUCUCUUGAAACCCAGAAUCUCUUGCUAGCCAAAUCGUUGGCCAAAAUGUUGGGAAAACUCUCAGGAGGACACUCAUUUGGCACUGAGAUAUUUAUUUGUGUUUUUAUUUAUUUAUCAGUGACAGAGUUCACUAUAAAUGGGAUUUGAUUUUUUUUUUAUAGAAGAUAAUUAUCGGAAGCAGUGCCUUCCAUAAUUAUGACAGUUAUACUGUCGUUUUUGAAUAAAGCAGCAUCUGCUAUUAAAUCGAACAUAGUACUGGAAUUUUGCAGUCAGACUCUCAACAACGAAGCAUCUGGCGGAAAGCUAAUUGACAAACCGGCUUUCUGUGCCCAAAGGAACAUGCCAUAACGCAUCUGGAAGCAAUCCUAAGACUUGAGCAUCAUCCAGGGAUCCAGAUGCUUUGGGUCUUCAGCAACCCCCUGAAAUGCAUGAUGCAGACUAAAAUGGGACAAGGAAUCGGGCUCAUCUGCUAGGAGGCCUGGUUGGAGCGCUCUCCUCCUUGCUUCUUCUGAUUGCUGUGACAUACAACACAUGCAGCUUGCUAAAUUGACCAUAGCGGGCAGAGCUUGGCAGAUGAUGCCCCUUCCAUUAAAGGCAUUAAAUGCAUCUUUCCAAAUUCCUUUGGAGCUCCUGAUGGAGACAAAUCCAGACUCAGAUUGCAAGGUCAGGCUGUUCUUAAGUGACUUCGUUGCAAAAAUUCCAGUACCUAAUGUCUCGGGAGAACCUAACUGACAUUAUCGGGAGCAGUGUCUUCCAUAAUGGAUAAAGAACAAGGUAGUUUUUGCCUACCACGGUGUUAUAUCGGAGGCAGUGAUCUCCAUAUGUUGCACUAAGGGUGUAUGUCAUUAUCGGGGACAGUGUUUCCCAUAAUCGUUCUAUGCUUCUCAUGCAGUGACAUCUACCAAGCUUGAUGGUUAGUAUCUAACAGGUAUCAAUUCCCUGCAAUCAUUGUCUUUCACUCUCCUUGUGGUGGUGCAGAUAUUAAAUUCGACCCACUCUGUUGUAGGCUUAGGUGUUCCCUGUAGCUGUGCUGUCUUGAAGUGAUUCCCUCUAGAUGGUCGCAUGGCUAGGAUUUAAAUGUUUUUAGAGUUGUUAAAGCUUUUUUCUUUUCUUUAGGGCUGUAUGAUUUAGUGAACUGUCUUGCAAUAAAUGUGCUUAUUUGGGUGUGGGGAGUGGUGGUAGCUUUCCUGUUGGAAGGGCUCUUCACAAAUAGGUACUACUGAAAUUUAAAGCCUAAUGGGUAAUCUCAGGAAGCAGGUUGCUUUGUGAAAUGGAUAUUGCUGGAGCCCCCCAGUCCUUUGCCCUGGGAAAAAUCAGCAUGAUGGGAAGGUCUGAGAUCUCUAACCCAUAUGUCUGUAUUCAUAUUCAUAGAUGUUAGGGUCAGAAGGGACCUCAAUAGAUCAUUGAGUCCGACCUAUAUUGGUACCUUCUUGGCCCAUCAGACCAGCUUACAGCCAGGAAUGCACCCUGUCAAGAGGUCUGCCUCUUUCAAAGACUAGGUGGUGGUUGAAUCAGUUCUUUUUGUGACUACUUGUGAAGCUGCACAUCAUGGCCAGGUCUGGUCUCAGGCAAGUGGCAUAAGGAAUAGCAGAAAAGAAACUUCUUGUCGUUGGAGGACAAAAAACACUGUAGUAAGUGUAGCUGAAAGAGGAUCGGGGGUGUUGGUUAUAGCUGUGUUGGUCUAAGGACAUGGGCAGGCAAGGUUAUUUGGGUAAAUGCGAUCUCUUGUAUUAAAUGCAAACCCAAAUAACCUUGUUUGUUGGAAGGGGUAGGAACUCCUGGCCACUGUGGAAGGCGCAUGCAUUUUUCUGGGUCUUCCACUGUAUGGUGUAGCCAUGACCACGUUAGCCUUGAUGUAUGUAACCGCCUGGUUUGCUGCUGCUUUCCAGUGGUGCCCUCUACUCCCAGUAGCACUUAGCAAGUGUGAAUGCUAUCCUGUGGGCAAGGCCUCGCCGUAGCACUUGCAUGCAUUUCCUUGGUGUCAAAACUUUGUGUUCAUUACGCUUUGUAACGGGCAGGGAUGAAGUGGAGGCUGCCUGUCUUCCGCAGGCAUUCCUUCCCUGGUGCUGAGAUUUGGCGUGGGGUGCUUAGCUGGGGUCACCCUGCUGUCUGUUCAAUAAACAUCACGUGUGAACGCUU